AUGAAGUCUUUCACUAUUGUCGUAUUCAUCUCCCUUGUACUUGCUACAUUGGCCAUUUUGACACCUGUUGAAGCUGACUGGGUUAUGAGAAAAAAGAGAGGCAUCAAAAGAGCAGAACAAACACCAAAAGCAUGCGAAAAAUGGGACGAGGAGAGCGGUGUCCCAUGGCCAGUCAAUAACAAAGAUGAUAAUGUCCAAGAUAUCGCUUGGACUCGAAACUGUAUCUCAUAA